AUUUGGCAUAAGUUUGACAAUGUUGUCUAGAUCUAGAAUUGCCCGUUGACCAUCUUUGACAGUAAACCACUUAAUUGAAACCACCCAAAUGCCAUACAUCAACGAAAUUGCAAACCCACACAAUCUAAACAGAAUCCAGACCCAUUGUCUGCUGUUCCCAAACGCCGAUCACCGGAUGACAUCUCCGGUGACCGGAACUUACCCAAAACAUCCUCAAAUCACCGACUAACUUGCCAUAAUACUAUGGAUCAUUCCCCGGAGACCAACGACAAAAUAAGUCCUCACUACCUAUUGCUGCGUUGCACAGUUGCUCUUCUAUUCUCUCUCUUCGCCUUCCUGUUACUAUCAUUUACGCUGGUGCUGGUCUCUUUUUCCAUAGGGGACGUAUCGAUUUCGAGACCGAUUUCUGUUCCCUCGUUGUGCAAGAUAGUCUCGAGCACUGUGGAUCUUAGGUCAUCCAAGGUCUGUGAACUUGGAUUGCUCAAUUACAAAGCCAAGCAUGUUGUUUACCCUUCUGAAGGAAAGAAGCUUCGAUGUUGGUUUGAUUACUAUUGGGCGUCUAUAUUCCAGGUUGAAUAUGUAGAUAAUUCAGGGCAGGCACAAAUGGCAUUUGCAGAGGCUCCAAAUGAGGCCCUGCCCCCUGAUUGCAGGCCCAAUUUUGGUGUCGCAUGGCUGACCAAAGAUAAAUUUAAGGUGAAUGAAAGUUAUGAUUGCUGGUAUACAUUGGGCCUCUCUAAAGUGAACAUAUAUCAUGAUAGUUUUUUUGAUUGCCAAGCAAAAGAUCCUUCCGCGACUGAGAUGCUCAAACGACAUACCAUGUUGUCCACAAGGAUAUUAAUGUCCUGGUUUGCUACUGGGUCUAGAGCCAGACAUUGGAUUUGUGAAGCAAUGCUUGGAGUUCUCGCUGGGAUUUUAACUCCCUUGAUCUUCCUCUGCCUUUUUAAACUCCUGCAGCAAGUGAAGUCUUUGCCUCGAAUGAAGGCUGUGAGGAUGCUCUUUCACUUAAAGCGAGCUUGUUUCUUUGUAGCGUACUUCUCCUUUGUGGGUUGGUUGGCAAUUCAAUAUGGAAAAAGGCUUGGCCUCUCAGAGAUAUUUAAAAUACACUAAUACGUGGUAGCACUCAAUUUUGCCAAGGUGCUAGUUCACUCAAGACCCGGAUUCUGCAGCUUUAGGGUUUUAGUGUAAAGCAAAUAUAUUUACUGUGGUCUGUAAGUUUUUUUUAAAUACAUAUGUGGUCCAUUAAGUUGAGAAAGUUAUGUAUAGGUACUUCAUGACAAUGAAGUAAUGUAAUUUGGUUGUAAAAGAAAAAACUGCUGCUAUCUGGUGAAUGAUGUUCAGAAGCAAUUCAAAGAUUUGGAGUUUUGAAAGGCUAGUGGUAUGAUAAAUGGUUAUCGAAG